UUGGAGUUUAUGAAUGGACAAGUUUCUGUUAGCCCAUUUGUUUGUCUUCGAGAGAUUUGUAUUUUUAUAAGCGUUUUCUGGCUUUGGUUCUGUCAAUAAAUAGAUUACAGUUCAUUCCUAUCCUUCAUUAUGGGAAUAAAUAAAGGCCUUUCAUAUUGCUUUUAUACAAAUCCUAUUCAUAUCUUAAACCUGAAGUUUCCCGGAAUAUAAGUGAGAAUUUUAUGCUGCACAUCAGAAUUUAACCCUGUUGUUGUUUGUCCAUUUGAUUUGCAUCUUCUCUUUUCUAUUUUCUGUAUAUUUUUCCUGUGGCAUUUCCUUUCUGAAAAACAUAUAAAGAGAACGAAAGUCGAUGUAGUUUUGGAUGGUAGACAGGAUAUUUGAGCAGAAAUCAGCUCUGCUUGCUGUUGUUGUUGGGAUAGCUGUGUUGCGGUUUUGGUCAUUUGCAGAUGAACACUCAGAAGAUAGAUUGCCGCGAACCAGUUAGCCAGAACUAUGAACUGAUCAAUGAUCGUGGCUCUGAAUUUGCUAAUUGUUCUUCCCAAUUAUUUGGAUCCAAACAGUCUUGGCAAUUCAGAACUGGUGCUCAGCCACCAACCAUGGGUGGAGGAUCUCAACAGCAAUAUAUUAGGCCUGCUAGAUCAUCCAGCACAAUUAUGAGCCGCUUUGAUUCACCAGCUUCUGCUUUUUAUGCAACCGAACGCUGCAUGGGAAUUCAACAGUAUGAUAGUCCAGUUGAUGACCCCUCUGUGUUUUCCCAAGUUUCCAGGACUUAUGAUUCGCAGUUCCCUUCGUAUCAAUCUUCUGGGGAAGACUUUUCCAUCGAUUCAGCUCAUCAAGAUGAUUCCAACUUUGAUUUGAGAAACACCUUGCAGGCAAUGGUGAAAUCUCAGUUCUCUUGUAAUCAAUACUAUGGAUCCUCUGAAAACAAAUUUUCAGGCAGCAAUUCACCAGGAUGUGAGCUUCUUCCACAUGAACAAAAUAAGUUGCUUGGUGAUGAUACUAACUAUGGUGGGAGGCACCUUUUGAUUCCUUUUAAAGGAAAUCAGGACGAUAUGGGCAAUUGCAAUUCACAUACUUCCUCGCCCCCACGGCUGGGCUGCUCCUCUCAGCAAGAGAAGCAGUUUUCAAGACUUUCCUCUGAAAAUAUACCCAUUACUCCUGGCCAUUCUGCUUCAGCCGGGGCAGUAAUCUCUAGCAAGGCAAGAAUAAGGUGGACUCAAGAUCUUCAUGAGAAAUUUGUUGAAUGUGUUAAUCGCCUUGGUGGUGCUGAGAAGGCAACGCCAAAGGCAAUACUAAAGCUGAUGAACUCGGAUGGAUUGACCAUUUUUCAUGUGAAAAGUCAUCUUCAGAAGUACCGAAUUGCAAAAUACAUACCAGACUCAACAGAAGCCUUUUCUAUUGCAGGAAAAUUGGAGAAAAGAAACAGUAUGAGCAAUGUACCCCAGCUCGAUGUUAAAACUGGCUUGCAGAUCAAAGAGGCACUGCAAGUGCAGUUAGAUGUCCAGAGGCGUCUUCAUGAACAAUUAGAGGUUUCAAACCAUUUAUCAAGGGGUUUGCUGGUAUAUAAUCUCUUGGCUACUAAACUUUGCUUGAUGACUUAUCCGGGCCAGGUUCAGCGAAAAUUACAGCUACAAAUUGAAGAACAAGGGAAGCAGCUCAAGAUGAUGUUUGACCAGCAACAGAAAACAAAUAGUAGCCUCUUCCCGAAUCACAACUUGGAUACUUCCUCUGCUGAGCCAUCAAAUAGUCAAGAGGUUCAGGUUCCCAUUUCUGAAGGUUCUGGAAAUCCUUUAUUCCCAUCCAAGAUAAGCUAGAUCCUCAAAGCAUGACAUAUGAUCUUUUGGUUAUACACCUUCAAGCACUUAAUCAGUCAUGGGUUCCCUGGAAGGCUUUUAUCUUUUGCAUAUUGAAAGCAGUUAAACAGUCAUGAGGUUCCUGCAAAGCUUCAUUCCCUACAAUAGAAUCAAGACAUACGCAGCAGCCUAAUUAAGAAUACCAUGCAGUUUGUUUGCAUAAUCCAAACUGUGUAUUUACAGUGUAAAUACAAUUGAGUGCACUCGUUCAUAAUUCCCUUCAGAAAAUAACUGUUGUGUAUACUUCACUUCAUGCAUCCCUCGUCCAUCCUUAAACCUAGUGAAAAGCAUUCUUGUUGUAAAAAGCUCAUUUAGAGCUUGUGUUAGCGUAAGAAUAAUGUUGUCUUGUAAUUUGUGUGCUCAUGUUCUUUUGAGUUUGGUUGAAAACUGUAUUGAGGGAACCCAUAUGAAAUUCGAACUAAACUCUCUAUGGAUUUCUUUUCUUUGAGCUCA